AUGGAUUUUAUUCAAUCUGAAAUGUUCAAAUUACGGUUGGCAUCAGUGGGAGUUAAUAAUGCAGCAUCAGUUGAAAAUAAUGAACAUCAAGCUGAAUUAGUUGAAACACGUUCAGGACCAUCAAAUAAUACAAAGCAACCAAAUUUCCGGUCAUGGUUAAAGAACAGAUGGUCAAAUAAAAAUUUAAUCCACAUGCUACCAGAAGGUGAUGAUGAUUCAAAAUAUGCCCAACGUUUAAUUGAUGAAUACAAAAUGUUGGGUAAGUUUUCACAUUUUUGGCUAUUGAUAUGUGUUAUCAAUGGUUUGGAUAUUAUUAUAACUUGUGAUAUGAUUUGUUACGGAGGAUUGAGUAUUUUUUUUGAAAGAUGCAAAAAAUAA